AUGAUAUCUUUGAUCCGUCCAAGUCAUCGUCUACUGCUGCAGCAUAGCGUACGCUCACUGCAGACCGCAUCCGAAGCUGCUGCUAAUGUGUCGUAUACGCGCGGUCUGUUUCUAGGUGUAAACAACGUUGCACGCGCCUUCCCGUACCCAAAGCUUUCGGACAGUGAGUCGGAGACGUUGCAGAUGCUCGUUGAGCCUGUGAGCAAGUUCUUUGGCUCAGUGGACUCCCGUACAAUUGACGAGACGAAGGAGAUUCCAAAGCAGGUACUGAAUGACAUUAAAGAGCUUGGUCUCUUUGGCUUGCAGAUUCCUGAAGAGCUCGAAGGUCUCGGUCUUUCUAACACGGGCUACGCUCGUGUAAUUGAGGAGAUUACGGACGGAAGUGUCGCCGUAACGGUCGUGGCUCACCAGUCAAUUGGGUUGAAAGGCAUUUUACUUAAUGGAAACGAAGCACAGAAGGCCAAGUAUCUUCCAAAACUAGCAACGGGUGAGCACAUUGCUGCCUUUGCACUCACAGAACCUUCCAGUGGAUCUGAUGCUGCAUCUAUUAAGACCCGAGCUACAUUGUCAGAAGACGGCAAACACUUUAUUCUAAAUGGAGACAAGAUCUGGAUCAGUAACGGUGGAUGGGCCGAAAUCAUGACGGUUUUUGCACAGACGGAGGUAAAUGGUAAGGACAAAGUCACUGCUUUUAUUGUCGAGCGGGCAUUUGGUGGUGUCACUAGUGGUCCUCCUGAGGACAAACUGGGUAUCCGUGGCUCCAACACAUGCCAAGUGUUUUUUGACAAUUGCAAAGUGCCGAUUGAGAAUGUGCUGGGGGGUGGACCGGACAUGAAGACGGGCGGUGAGGCUGGUGUUGGUCAAGGAUUCAAAGUGGCCAUGAAUAUCCUAAACAACGGUCGUUUUGGCCUCGGUGCUUGCGCUGGAUCAUCGCUUCGCCGUGUUUUGGGUACAGCAGCAGAGCAUGCAAACUCGCGUAAACAGUUUGGCUUUUCGUUAGCAAAAUUUGGCCUGAUUCAGAAGAAGUUUGGUACCAUGACGAUGGAUGCGUAUGCCAUUGAAUCCAUGGCGUAUAUGACUACAGGUAUGAUCGACCGUGGUGACCCAUCUUGUGAAAUUGAAGCAGCUAUGUGCAAGGUUUAUGGAUCGGAAGUAGCGUUCACCGGCAUCAAUGAGUGCAUUCAGGUCAUGGGUGGCACUGGUUUCAUGAAGGAGUGGCCUUUUGAGCGUCUUAUGCGUGACUGCCGUAUUCUGUCGAUCUUUGAAGGCACGAACGAGAUUCUCCGCAUGCUUAUCGCUCUCACCGGUGUUCGGACUGCUGGUGAGCGUCUAUCAGAUGUGGGCAAGCUGAUGCAGAACCCGCUAUCGGAUCCAUCGGGUGCGGCUAAGGAACUCUCGGACCGUAUGCAGCGAAAGUUCUCUCCGACCACCUUGGAAGGUGCGCACCCAAGCUUAAAAGACUCGGCCGAGCUGCUACAGAAGCGCACUGCGGACUUUGGUCAGGCUGUCGAGUUUCUGCUCCGCAAGCACGGCAAAAAGAUCGUGGACGAACAAAUGCAGCUUGAGCGAAUCGCCGACUCGGCCAUCGCACUGUUCGCCAUGACCGCUACGAUUUCGCGCGCGAGCUCUUCGCUGAACUCGGGCAUUGAGUCAGCAGAGCACGAGAAAAAGCUCACGACGUUAUACUGCGACCUGACGUCCAAGAAGAUCCAGACGCUACUGGACGAAAUUAAAAUGGCCGUUAAGCACGACGAGCAGCUGCGCGAAAUUGCCAACGAGGUGCUCAAAGCGGAGAAGUAUAUCCCCAGCCACGCCACGGGCAUCAACUGCUAG